AUUUUUUUGUACUUACUACUGAAGUUUUUUUCCCAUUGCUUUAUAAGUUUGAAUGUAAAUGGAUCAGGUCUCUCGCUCUCUUCCUCCACCUUUUCUCUCAAGAGAUCUCCAUCUUCACCCACACCAUCAAUUCCAACACCAACAGCAGCAGCAACAGAAUCACGGCCACGAAAUCGACCAGCACCGAAUCGGUGGCCUAAAACGUGACCGAGACGCUGAUAUCGAUCCCAACGAGCACUCUUCAGCCGGAAAAGAUCAAAACACUCCUGGCUCCGGUGGAGAAAGCGGCGGCGGAGGAGGAGGAGACAAUCACAUCACGAGAAGGCCACGUGGCAGACCAGCGGGAUCCAAGAACAAACCAAAACCACCAAUCAUCAUCACUCGAGACAGCGCAAACGCUCUCAAAUCUCAUGUCAUGGAAGUAGCAAACGGAUGUGACGUCAUGGAAAGUGUCACCGUCUUCGCUCGCCGUCGCCAACGUGGCAUCUGCGUUUUGAGCGGAAACGGCGCCGUUACCAACGUUACCAUAAGACAACCAGCUUCAGUACCUGGUGGUGGCUCAUCUGUCGUUAACUUACACGGACGUUUCGAGAUUCUUUCUCUCUCGGGAUCUUUCCUUCCUCCUCCGGCUCCACCAGCUGCGUCAGGUCUAACGAUUUACUUAGCCGGUGGUCAGGGACAGGUCGUUGGAGGAAGCGUGGUUGGUCCACUCAUGGCUUCAGGACCUGUAGUGAUUAUGGCUGCUUCGUUUGGAAACGCUGCGUAUGAGAGGUUGCCGUUAGAGGAAGAUGAUCAGGAAGAGCAAACGGCUGGAGCGGUUGCUAAUAAUAUCGAUGGAAACGCAACGAUGGGUGGUGGGACGCAAACGCAGACUCAGACGCAGCAGCAGCAGCAACAACAACAACAGUUGAUGCAAGAUCCGACGUCGUUUAUACAAGGGUUGCCUCCGAAUCUUAUGAAUUCUGUUCAAUUGCCAGCUGAAGCUUAUUGGGGAACUCCAAGACCAUCUUUCUAAAUCGCGGAAGAAAAAAAAACAAGUUAGAUACGUUCGUUGUUUUUAAUUUUAUAAUCACUCUUCUGUCAAAUUUUAAUUUUCUUUCUUUGUUUUCUAAAGAUAAUUGUAGCCUUUGACGAAGAUUCGUGGUACUAUGAAUCGAAGAGAAUCGUUUUGGUCAUUGGAUUGAUCGAUCUUUUAGGUUUGAGAGGGGGUUUGUGUUUUGCGUUGACUAGGAGACUAUAAAUUGUUGAUUUUCGA